ACAAAACCGGAGAACAAAAAAUCGAAAGAGAACCUAGUUUGUUAUCAUGGCCAGACAAAGAAUGAUCACAGUUGAGUCGCCAAAGAAGAAAAUGGGUGGAAUUUUGAAGCUCAAGAAUGUUGUAGAAAAGUUGGUGCAGAUCAAAGGCUUUUCCUCGGCCAAGAAACAUUGUUCCGACGAAUACGGCAGUGACCGUGUCCCAAAAGAUGUGAAGGAAGGUCAUUUUGCGGUGAUAGCCGUUGAUGGAUAUCAUGAGCCUACGCAAAGAUUUGUUGUUCCAUUAAUGUUUCUAGAACACCCGAUGUUUAGGAAGCUUCUAGAACGUGCGGAGGAGGAGUACGGGUUCUAUCAUGAUGGAGCCCUCAUGGUACCUUGCCGGCCAAGCCACCUCCGGACGAUAUUGACCGAACAGUUAUUGUGCUAGAGUUUUUAGCUGUAAUUAUUAUUAUAUAUGGUCUACUUCGUUUUAAAUGAUAAAAACUGAACUGGUUAUUA